AAACAAACACUUUUUAAAUUGCUUUUGACUCAAAUUCUACAUUUCUUGGUACGGUGCCUGAAAAACAUCCAACUUUUCGUUUGUUUUAAUGAAUUUUAACAAGAUAUAACACUUGCAGACCAAGGAAACAAGUAUUUAAUGUCACCAGCACUUUAACAAAUUGUUCCUACUACCCCCAGGGGUGUUUAGCCUGGGUAUCAAUUUGCAAAAAGAGUCCAGGUCUCCACGUCUCUUGCACAAGCGAAGAACCUGCAGCCUUCACACGCGGGGGUGGUGUGCGGGCACUCAGGAGGCUGAUGCAGGACGAUCGCGGCCGGCUUGAGGCCAGCCUGGGUUAUACACCGUGAGUUCAAGGCCUAAACUGAAUAUCUAGACCCUGUUUGAAAAAGCCGAAAUAAAUGCAUUAAUUAAGAAAUACAAAGGAUAAAAGGGAGGCGGCGGAUCAAUGGACUAGAGUUCCCUAAUGCUGCAGUCUGCGAAUUUCCCAGCGGACCGAUGGCGGGGCUUUGCGGUUUCCUCGCCGACAACUCCCAAGCUGGGGGCCACCGAGCGCGCGGGGCAGGGUCGGGCGACGGUAAACCAGAGGACAGAGGCGGCGGCCGCGCGACCCCGGCCGGGGCUACGACCCGGGGACAAAGCGGUAGCGAAGGCUCCGCGGCCCCUGCCUCCGCGCUGGGCAGAGCCUGACCGCCGGCACGGACGCGGACCGUGGACUCCGCGGUGGCCUCACAGGGUCACCGAGUCUCGCUGGCAGCACACAGGGUCUGUAUUCGAAAGCGGCGCCCGGGCGGCGAGGGCCGGAGAAGCUAGAGGAGUAGCCUCGCACCGCAGCGAGAGAACCGCUCGCGAACACAGCCGCGAGCCCGGGCAGCGACGCCUCCACCGAACUUGAGUUUUUGCUUUGGUCCCGCCCACCGCUUAGCGCGGAUUGGUGGAGGGAAGCAGCGCGGGCGUUGAUUGGAGGGCGGCGGACGCUCCCGCAGCCCCGAGUUCGGUUGCGCCACAGAGCUAAAUUUCUCUUCAGACCCAGGGCUCGCCCCCGGCGACUCGGAUCUCAAUGGACGUGGCUCAGGCGGUGUCCCCGAGCUGAGAGCACCACCCUGUCCCCGCACCAUUCUUCCCGCUGUUUCGUUCCUCACCCCCUACCCCUUCUUCCUCCUCCAGUCCGCGACGACUGGCUCUUCACCCUGCUCAGGCCUCGGUGAAGGUGAGGAGCAGAGCCGUGGGCGCGGCCAGGCGGCGCUCCCCGAAAUGGCCGCCGCCUCCCGCUGUCUAAAAUGGCGGCCGCGGGCUCGGUGGGCAGCGUGGCGCUGACGGGCAGCCCAGCCGCGCCGGCCCGCGCUCUCCGAAGCCCGUGCGGAGAGAGCAGGAAGUCGUGGGGUGCAGAGGAGGUGUCCUGGGGGCCUUAGCGGCGGCGACCGUCGGGGGACGCGAUGGGAACCCCGAAGCGAGGGUGGGCCGCGGCCGGAUGCCGGCCCGGACCCGUUUGAGGGAGGAGCCGAGGGGCGGCAGGUCAGGCUUGGCUGGGGCGGCCCGGGAGGGAAGCCCCGAGGUGUGGCCGGGCUGCCCCGGUGAUUGGCUGCGCUCCGACCCUUCCCUAGCGCGCCGUGCGCCUGGAGGCAGGCUUGUGGUUAUUCCCCUUCCCAGCCCAUCCUUUAAUUUUAUUCUUUUGAAGAGUCUACUUUUCAAGCUGCUAAAGUGGAGGGUGCGAUUGCAGAAGGGAGUGCUCCUCAUUUCAGAAAGCCUUAAACAAGAAGUAGAAUCAUUUUGUUACCAAAUUGUGUCUGACUCAAAUAACCAAAAAGUUGGAAUAUUACAAAGUGAAGAUGAACAUUUGCAGCCAUCAGUUUCUAAAAAAUCAGACACUGAACUUUCCAGGGUCACAUUUAUGUCUGGUUCCAAUAAAAUGACAUUUAGUAAGAAACCAAAAAGGAGAAAAUAUGAUGAAAGUUAUUUGUCUUUUGGAUUUACUUAUUUUGGAAAUAGAGAUGCACCUCAUGCUCAGUGUGUAUUAUGUAAAAAAAUCUUAUCAAAUAGCUCUUUAGCCCCCAGUAAGCUGCGACGACAUUUGGAAACUAAACAUGCUGCAUAUAAAGACAAAGACAUUAGCUUUUUCAAGCAGCAUCUUGAUUCACCUGAAAAUAAUAAACCCCCAACACCUAAAAUUGUCAAUACAGAUAAUGAAAGUGCUACAGAGGCGUCAUACAAUGUAAGUUACCAUAUAGCCCUGAGUGGAGAGGCUCAUACUAUUGGAGAAUUGCUUAUUAAACCUUGUGCAAAAGAUGUAGUGAUGCGGAUGUUUGAUGAACAGUAUAGUAAGAAAAUAGAUGCAGUGCAGCUUUCAAACAGUACUGUUGCACGUCGAAUUAAGGAUCUAGCUGCUGACAUUGAAGAAGAGCUGGUUUGUAGACUGAAAAUUUGUGAUGGGUUCUCACUUCAGCUAGAUGAAUCAGCUGAUGUUUCAGGACUUGCUGUGCUGCUUGUGUUUAUUCGUUAUAGGUUCAAUAAAUCUAUUGAGGAAGAUCUACUCUUAUGUGAAUCUUUGCAAAGUAAUGCUACAGGUGAAGAAAUAUUCAAUUGUAUCAACAGUUUUAUGCAGAAACAUGAAAUUGAAUGGGAAAAAUGUGUUGAUGUUUGUAGCGAUGCUUCUAGGGCAACAGAUGGGAAAAUUGCCGAGGCCAUCACCUUGAUGAAAUACGUGGCUCCCGAAAGCACCAGCAGUCACUGCCUGUUAUAUCGACAUGCACUAGCAGUUAAAGUAAUGCCUACGUCUCUUAAAAAUGUGCUAAACCAAGCAGUACAAAUCAUCAAUUAUAUUAAAGCUCGACCACAUCAAUCCAGACUACUAAAAAUUUUAUGUGAAGAAAUGGGUGCUCAGCACACAGCACUUCUUCUAAAUACAGAGGAAAGGUGGCUUACCCGAGGUAAAGUUCUUGUAAGACUUUUUGAACUUCGGCGUGAAUUAUUGGUCUUUACGGAUUCUGCUUUUCCACUAUCUGAUUGUUUAACAAAUUCAUCUUGGCUGCUAAGACUUGCAUAUCUUGCGGAUAUUUUUACUAAAUUAAAUGAGGUUAAUCUGUCAAUGCAAGGAAAAAAUGUAACUGUUUUUACAGUGUUUGAUAAAAUGUCAUCGUUGUUAAGAAAAUUGGAAUUUUGGGCCUCAUCUGUAGAAGAAGAAAACUUUGAUUGUUUUCCUACACUCAGUGACUUUUUGACUGAAAUUAAUUCUACAGUUGAUAAAGAUAUUUGCAGUGCAGUUGUGCAGCACUUGAGAGGGUUGCGCUCUACCCUUCUAAAGUACUUUCCCGUAACAAAUGACAGUAACACUUGGGUUAGAAAUCCUUUUACAGUAACUGUUAAACCAGCCUCAUUAGUAGCACGGGAUUAUGAGAGCCUGAUUGACUUAACAUCUGAUUCUCAAGUGAAACAAAAUUUCAGUGAACUGUCACUGAAUGAUUUUUGGAGUAACCUAAUUCAAGAAUACCCAAGUAUAGCAAGGCGUGCAGUUCGUGUACUUCUUCCUUUUGCUACAAUGCACUUGUGUGAAACGGGAUUUUCAUAUUAUGCUGCAACUAAAACAAAAUAUAGAAAAAGACUUGAUGCUGCACCUCAUAUGCGGAUCCGUCUUAGUAACAUUACACCUAAUAUUAAAAGGAUAUGUGAUAAAAAGACACAAAAACACUGUUCUCAUUAAAAGCAGAGAGUUUUGCAUGUCUCUUGAUAACCAAAUGUAAGUCAAAAUAAAAGAUGAUUUACUUCAUUUGUAGUAUUUGGAAUUUUAAGUAAAAUGAUUAAAACUAUAUUUCAAGUUUUUAAGGAAGCUAAAAGAUAAAAAAUUUCAGUAAUUUUCAUAGUUUCAUAGUCCUAACUGGGAAACAAUCCCCAAACUAAAAUUCAUAAUGGAUCUCUAGAAUCUAAUCCCUAUCCAUUUUUCUAGGCAUGCUUGGCCUGCAGCCCUCUGAUCACAUGUAACUUCUUGCCAUUCCUUAAGUAUAUCAUACCAUUUCAUGCUUCUAGGUCUCAAAAAGCUAUUUCUUUCCUAUCUAGCUUUCUGACAGAUUCCUAUUUGCUUUACAACACUUUGACUUCACUUAUUUUCAGAGAUUUUUAUUCUUUACAUGUAUCUUUCCAUUUUGACCCCAUCUUACACUGUUUAUUUUAGGGGGUGUCUGUUGCAAUGCUGGAUGCUGGUCAUCUCAUUUUCACUUAUGGGACUUAGAGACUCUUAUCUGGAUCUUUGUCUCCAUUAUCUAGCAAAAGGCUCCACUAAAGU